AUGAAUUCUUCAGAGAUGAAGUAUAUUUCAGUUUCUUCUCCACUCACUGGCAACAUAAGUGAAAUCUAUUCUCCUCCAAACAUCACACAAGGAGAUUUCCACGCUGCCAACUGGAAAAGGCCAUCUGUAAACGAAGGGAGCUUUACCUCAAGUCUGAGUGACUCCCAAGAGUCUGACUCUGAAAGCCUUGUUCAAGAGACACAGUACCAGUUAGAGCUCCAGCAGUGGAUUGAUGAAAGUGAAGAGCUGGUAGAACUGUGUUCAGAUGAGUUGGAGAAUGACAGCUUAGAAGGAGAUAGCUUGGAGGAGAUGAUUUUAAAAGAAGGACUUGAGGAUGAGACAGAUCAAUGUACCAUUGGAAAACAAAAGAAUAACGGUGAUGGAAGGAGACAACAGGCUGUGGACAAAUAUUCCAGCCUAAGAUACAACCCUAGCUGGAGGAACACAAGAGAGGUAGCAGAACUUUCUGAGGCAGAACAAGCCUGUCAGGUUGCUGGAAGGAGCAGCAUGGACUUUGCACAGGAUGCAUUUUACCUCCAUUCCAAUGACUUCUCAGAAGAAAAGAAUCAACAAGAGGCAAAGGCACAAGGUUCAUUCUCAGAGUUUGGUACAAAAUCACCAAGCUCUCCUAAAACAAGUGCUGUGGGCAGCAAUGAACCUUUUAGGCUAUGCACCAAAGGGAAGGAAUCUGCAGGUGGGUGUCACUUCAAAGCCAGCCCCACUGCUUUUGCUCUUCACACUCAAGAAGGUCGACCACAAAAAGCAAAAAAAAACUUUGUGGAAAAAAACAAACAGACUUUAGGCUUCCCUUCAGAGAAGAGAAAUUCAUACCUUCAGCUGCACAGUAAAAAGCAACAAGUUCUACUCCAAGAGCAGGAUCACCGAAAUAAGUCCUCCCAGAGAAAUAAAGUCAAGUCCAACCAGAGUCUCAGAGAGAGAGCCUUCCCAAGGAAUGAUAGCCAGCAACCACCAGGAAGGUCAGAAGAAGCAAAGUCUUGGUACCACCAAAUAUCAGAAUUCCAGGCUGCUCCCAUGCAGGCAGUGGAGCAAGACAACAGCAGCACACUGCAGAAAUGGCUGGGUGCAGGUCCUUCUGUUGGCCUUGACACUCAUGUGGCAGCAAAUUCACAUUCUUGCCUAAAUAAUUUCCCAAAUUUUGUUAAUCAGGAUUUUACCACAUCUGCCUAUCCUUUUCAGUCAACCCCACAGAAAUUCAACCCAGCAGAGUCUGUAUCUUCAACAUAUACCAGCAAGGAGACCAAGAAAUACCUUCAUGAUUCUCCAAACGGUCUUCUACAUGACCAGCAACAUUCAUACAACCAUGGCACUGUGCAGCCUUCUGCAAGAGGUGACAGUACCAAUGGUCAAGCACAUCCAAACCAGAGGAAUAUUCCAUCUACUUUUAAUGCACACUUCCCAGGAUUGCUGAUGGAUCAAGCAUCACUUCAGGAUUGCAAGAGACAUAUCUGUGUGGCUAAAAGGUAUCAGAACUGUGCUAGAAGUGGUUUAGGCUCACCAACAGCCCCUUGUGCAACCUCCCAUUUUGCGCAGAUGUGGGAGCAACAUCACCAAGCAAUCAGUCGUGUGGCAGAAGCUCACCUAGCUGACAGGCACAUGUUCAACCUCCUUCCACCCACAGUCCCACUGGUAGAAAGUGAUUCAGAGCUCGACCCAGAGAAUGGUGAAGGAAAUCAAGUGCAAACGAGCCGAAGCAACUCAGAAGGGUCUCUCGUGCAAAGGGAAAAGCAAAACCAGCCUAAAGUCAGCAGGAAGCCACAUAUCUCAAAGGCCUACAUAAAUCUGAAUGUGAAGCUUGGAGGGCUUGGACCUGACUAUGAAGCAAUCAAAGAGAAAAAAGAGAGGUUAAAGCAACUAAAGGAAUAUGCAAAGCAAAUUAAGGAACACAACAUGAGAAGCAUUGCUUCGGUUCAGAGGUUACCUGCAAAACCCCAGAUUGUAUCUUCAGUGUCAAGGCAGAAGGCCCUGGAAUAUGCUAAGAAGAUUCCUAGACCAAAGACUUUCAUGGCAAGACAAUCAGAUGAAGAGGUGAAAGAGGAAAGGGUUCUGUUCACUUCACAUGAAGACAGUUUGCCUCAGAUUGCAUCCUUGGAAACUCUGCGAACUCGACACGAGAAGGAGAAGCAAAUUGUGGCUGCUUUUAGAACCCUUCAUAUCUUAUAA